CAAACCGAAACCCGCGAAUCAGCUAAAAUGUUAAAAGUUAAAACGCAUCAGGCUUCUCUAAUUCGUUUCUCGGAAAAGCUAUCCCAAGAUGCAGAAUUUCGAAUCGUAAGCUGUGACAAGGUUUUGUUAUUCCAAAUUAAUCUCCAGAUAUUUUGAUCUCCUUGGCCAUGAAUUCUAGAAGGGAGCGUAAUGCUAGAACUGCUCUUUUUGAUGGUAUUGAGGAAGGGGGUAUCAGGGCUUCAUCUUCUUAUUCCUCUCGUGAAAUUGAUGAACAAGAGAAUGAUAGAGCAAUAGAUGGGUUGCAAGAUCGAGUUAGUCUGCUGAAAAGAUUGUCAGGUGAUGUACACGAGGAGGUUGAGGCUCAUAAUAGUAUUCUUGACAGGAUGGGCAAUGACAUGGAUGCUUCAAGGGGAGUUUUAUCGGGAACCAUGGAUAAAUUUAAGAUGGUAUUCGAGACCAAAUCAAACCGGAAUAUGUUUAAACUCGUGGCAUCGUUUGUGGUUAUUUUUCUCAUUAUCUACUAUCUCACUCGGUAAGCGAUGAUAAAAUGUGAGAAAUCUGUGACUUCCUAUGGAACCACAAUUUUUCGUGACUGCUUCAUUCCGAUAGUCAACAUCACCAUCAGAAUGUAAGAUGUUGUGGCCUUGUAAUCUGUAUAAUAGGACUCCCAUGCAACAUGCACUUCAAUAUAUAUGUGAUGGAUAGAAAUUUCUUUGGUUUUUAUCGAUCCAAGGAUGUUCGUCGGUAGAUAUGAAAACGGAAAGGUUAUGUUCGUCUCCAAUGUUUAGAAACGGACAUUUUAGUCCUCAA